CCGCAGCCACCUACGAACCUUCGCACGCCAGCUGCACCCCAGCGAGCGGGCGGGGACUCGCACCACACCCGCCCACCCGCCUGCCUCCUCCUCUGCCGAGGGACUAGGCGGGGCGCGCGGCCCAGAGCCGGGUCCCCGCCGAACGCCGCUCCGCCGCAGCCACAGCCGCGCGCCCCGCCCCCAGCGCCCCAGAGCCCCACCCCGGCCCACAAAGGGCGGGCCCGGCGCCACCGCCCACGCUCGCUCCUGCAGGCGGACUCCGGCCGCGCGUGACCGGCGCCGCGCGCGAGCGGUAUGAGCGCGCGCCCAGGCCAGUGACCUCCUCGGGGAUGGACCGCGGAUCCUUCGCGGGAGAAAACCCGAGGCCCCCGCCUGGCCGCCGGCGGCUUCUGCUCUUCCUGUCAGCGGGCCACUGCGGAAGCCCGAGCGGCCCCGGCGUCGCGGCGCGCCGCUGCCUGUCAGCGUUCCCUGGCGGUCUGGGGGCGCUGCGCCCCCGCGCCCCGGCGGCGGGCGGCGGCGCGUCACGUGCCUCCCCACUGCUCCUCCUCCUGCUGGUGCCGUCCCCGCGCCUGGCCGCCGCCGGCCGGCGCCGCUCGCUCGGAGACUGGGAAGGCCUGCGCGCGGGGCCCUCGGCGCUCCCGACCGGGCAUGGCGGCGCAGCCAAGUGCCAGCCGGUUCCCCUGGGCGUCGCAGGCGCCGCGGGUGCCUUCCACCACGUGUGCCACGGCCCCGCGGGCGCCCUUGCUUCCUCCAGGAGAGAAUUGAGUCUUUCUGCUGGGUACCCACAACUGGAACGCAAAAGGAAAGAGUUCACCUCUUCAGGGAGUAGAAAACUCUACUUUGAUACUCAUGCCUUAGUGUGUGUACUUGAAGAAAAUGGGUUUACUACACAACAAGCAGAAAUCAUUGUGUCUGCAUUGGUUAAGAUCAUCGAUGCCAACAUGGAUAUCAUCUACAAAGACAUGGUCACAAAGAUGCAGCAGGAGAUCACUCUUCAGCAACUGAUGUCUCAGAUUUCUAAUGUGAAAAAAGAUAUGAUUAUUUUGGAGAAGAGUGAAUUUUCAGCCCUGAGAGCUGAAAAUGAGAAAAUAAAACUAGAACUGCACCAGUUAAAACAGCAAGUAAUGGAUGAAGUGAUCAAAGUUCGAACAGAUACCAAAUUAGACUUCAAUCUAGAAAAGAGCAGAGUGAAAGAGCUGUAUUCAUUGAACGAAAGGAAGCUGCUGGAGAUGAGGACAGAAAUGGUGGCACUGCAUGCCCAACAAGAUCGAGCCGUCACCCAAACAGACAGGAAAAUAGACACUGAAGUUGCUGGCCUUAAAACCAUGCUCGAGUCACACAAACUUGAUAAUAUUAAAUAUUUAGCAGGGUCUGUAUUUACGUGCCUAACAGUAGCUUUGGGAUUUUAUCGCCUGUGGAUAUAAUAAAGUCUUUUUAAAGGAAUCUCUACUGCUUGCCUUAAGAAUAUCAAAUUGGUGUCUUUUAUUUUUAUUUUUUAAUUUAACCUGGAUUUUGAUUUCUUGCAGAGUAUUUUAUGUAAAUGCAGACAUAUAACCAAGAUUUUAAAAAGUCAUACAUUUCAUAAUUUCUCCUUUUGUGUUUUGCUUGUAACACUGAGUGGUGUUGGACAAAGUAUGGAAGACUCCUCAGCUGGACAGUGAACUUGUUCUAACCUGUGGGACAUACCAGCAUUACAUAUCUCUGUAAUAUUGAACCAGUUUUAUAUAUAUGUAUAUAUUUUUUUCAUCGAAAGGACUUGCGAUCUCCAUUGAAAAGGCAUAAUAGUUCUUCUAAGUGCUGAGGAAUCAUUGAACAUAUACUAAGAGCACUAAAUUCUUUUUCCCUUCUGACACCAUUCUUAACGUCAGCCAGAGCCUGUACCAGAGUUUUGCUUUUCAACUUGAGUUGAUUGGUGUGUUUGUGAUGCAGCUGUACUUUAAAACCCACCCAAAAGAUUAUAAUUUUUGCAUUUCUGUUUUCUUUAUAAGUUAUUGCUGUGAUUUCAUCUUUAUGUACCUUCUAGCUAGAAGAUCUUGCUGUAAUGGGAUCUUUUACCUCUUAAAAUGCUAGAUUUCACUUCCUCUUUCUUACUUGCUCCCCCCACUUUCUUCCUCAAGAUUUAAGAGUAGUAAUAAUAAUCUAUUUGUGGGAUUACCUACCUAGAAAAUUUACCAAUUCAUGGUGUGAACUUCAUUUCAGUUUGUAGAAUAAGACUUACUUUUGAUCUUCAUCUGCUUUUUACACAAGAGAAGAAUUCAUUUACCCUUUGUAUUGACAUCUAGCAAUCUCAAUGUUUAUAUUUCAUUUUAGAAACGAAAUGUGUCAAAUGAAUAUUCCUUUGCCAUUAAAAACUCAGAUUAUAGAUGUUAGAAAUUAGAGAAUUGACAUUCUAGGUAUCAUCCUAAUCUAGGUGGGUUUGUCGUAAGGAAAUUCUUAACACCUACUUUAACCUCUGUUUUGUUUUGUUUUUAAUUGUUAAUCCUGCUUUCUUAAUCUAUUAUGUAACAAAGAACUUCCUGUAUACAGUAUAUAUACCAAAGAAUCACAAAGAGAAUGUUACUGAAAGGCUACCAUGGUCAAACAUUUGGCUCAACAACAAAAGACUGGUAAAAGAUUCAAAUCUGAAUAUUAGACUAUAGUACCUUAUAUUCCGCUGUAGGACUCUCUGAAGUUAAAGAUGAGUAUCAGGCUCUUGGAACUGGCAGAAUGGCUGUGAGUAAGAAGGCAAUGGGAGUGAUCUUAUUAUAGACAAUUGUGGGAACUUAGAGGAACUUCUCUCCCCUUUUCCAUUCCAUGUCUGUCUCCUUUCAUGUCAGUAGUUCCAGAUUAAGAACAACAAAUUCGAUUCACCAACACCUGAUCAUAGCCAAUUCCUUGUUGAGUCUCUCCAAAAGUGUCACUAAUAUACCGUAUAGUGGCAGCUGCUGGGUGGACACAUGCCCUCAGUGAUAGUGAAUGAAAAUCUCUAUUUUAAAACAAAUUCCUACAUACAACUGAGCUUAUUCUGGAGAAUUCUAUAUUCAUCAUUUUUAAAUAACUUGAACAUUAGGGAAGAAUACACAUUUAGAAAAAAUGGCAUUUAAUCAACUUUUUUUCUUCACAUAAUGUAAAUGCACAAUCACUUGGCAUACUACAGUAACUGGUCAAAUUUGUCAAAUAAAUUACCAAUAAUUUUUAUUCUAUCCACUUUAUUUUAACAAAAAAAAAGUUUACUUCCUUAUAUGUUAUUUCUAAGUUUUAGAAUGUAAGUUACUUUUUUUUCCCCUAGAAAACAUUUGUGAAGCAUAACACUUCUGAGCUUCAAAUAAGUAUGAAAGUCAAGUUGUUUUGUGUUUAGGGGGUGUCAUGGCAGGGCAGUGGCACAUUCAGUUGAGCACACAUUUUGCCAUCAUUAAGAACCUGAGUUUGAGCUCCCACUCCCCACCUGCAAGGAGAGCUCUUCACAGUGAAACAGGUCUACAAGUGCCUGUCACCUCUUACCUCCUCCCCUCUCAAUUUUUUUCUGUCUUGCUUAAUAAAGUAGAAAAAAUGAAAAUGGCCACCAAGAGCAGUGGAUUUGUCAUGCUGGCACAGAGCCUCAGCAAUAAUCCUGGUGGCAACAACAACAGUAAUAAUAUUAGUAACUAAAAGGGGGAAAAGUAAAGUGAGUUGAACAUAAUCUCUUCAUCUAGACCCACAGUUGUCUUGACUG